GGUUAUCCAAACGCCGUUAUGGAGUGAACUGUUUGAAACAUUUAAAAUAAGCAGCAUUUUAAAAGGGAACAUAUUUUGAAAACACAACUCAAACGCGUUGGUUGUCGUAUCAGAGAAAACACAAAAGACUUUGCGGUGCUAAACGAAGAGGUGAAAAACGAAGAAAAAUACCGAGAGUAAAUUACUCUAAAAACGAAAACAAUGAAGUCCUUUAUUUCGGUCGCUCUCUUUGCGGGCAUAAUUGCCCUAACCAAGGCUGAAGAUUAUGCUUGCCACAAUAAUGUUACUUUCGGCUGCAGCAACAGUAUAUCAAAUCCUGUUAUUUGCCAUUCCCGCUAUGGUGGAAUUGAGAAUGUCGAGUCCGGCAUUCAAUCCUACAUCAACUUGAAUAUGCACAAGUCUUAUCAAUACCUUUUGAUGUCCACCUUCUACAACUCCUACCAAAAGAAUCGUCCUGGCUUCACCAAGCUCUACAAAGAAAUGUCGGACCGCUCAUUCGACGAUGCUAUCGAGCUGAUUAGGCAUGUCACCCGCCGUGGCGGUCAAGUUGACUUCCGUGCUAUGAGCCAACACCCCAACUCGGUUGCUAACAGCAAAUUGAAAUUGGAUGAAGAUGAAUUGCACUCACUGGGCACCGCUUUGGAUGUUGAGAAGAUCUUGGCAGAUGGUGCCACCCGUUUGCACUUCGAAGCCACCCAUGGACGCCCACAUGACCCACAAACCGCACAUUUCGUGGAGGAGAAAUUCUUGGGCAGACAGGCUGAGUCCAUCCGCAAGGUUUCCGGCUAUGUCAACGAUUUGUCGAAGAUCAUGAACAAUCCCGACCCCUCAUUGGGUGUCUACCUCUUCGAUCAGUACUUGGAAAAGCAGAAAGCGCCAGCAUCGCAGAGUAAAGCACGGAUCGAUUGGGAUGUUUUGAGCUGCUGUUGAUUUAAAGUUCGUUCG